AUGCAAGUCAUGUUUUCCAAACCUCGACUCGACCGCGCAAGCCUGCUGGCUCUGGCCCUCGCUGCAGCACCGUCCACGGUCAAUGCCGGCCCCUGCGACAUCUACAAAUCCGGCGGCACGCCCUGCGUUGCGGCGCAUAGCACAACUCGAGCCCUCUACGACUCGUUCAAAGGCGCACUAUACCGAGUGUCGCGUGACUCUGACGGUGCCAUUAGAGACAUUUACGCAAAUGGGGCCACUGGCAUAUCAGACGCUGCUGCCCAGGACGCAUUCUGUGCCAACACGACCUGCCUCAUCACCACAAUCUUUGAUCAGUCUGGCCAGUCUAAUCAUCUCACGCAGGCGCCUCCGGGAAGCGCUGGCAGCGGGCCCAACCAAGACGGCCAUGACUGGCUCGCGAGCGCCACCGGAGCACCCGUCACCUUGAAUGGGCAAAAAGUAUACGGCGUCUUCGUUUCCAUCGGUACUGGCUACCGCAAGUUGGUUGGCGAGGGCACGGCAAAAGGGGACGAGGCCCAGGGCAUGUACGCCGUGGUUGACGGCACCCAUUACAACAACGACUGCUGCUUCGACUAUGGCAACGCCGAGACCAACAGCAGAGAUAAUGGCGACGGUCACAUGGAAGCCCUGUACUGGGGCGGCCCUGACAAGAGCCCCUGGGUUCUCGCAGAUUUGGAAAACGGCCUAUUCGCCACGGAUCAGCGCGAUCAGAGACUCGAGUCAAACCUCACCUCUAGGUUUGUCACUGCGAUUCUCAAGGGAGAGCCACAGCACUGGGCGCUUCGAGGCGGCGAUGCCAACUCGCCCCGUUUGCAAACUCUGUAUGAUGGCGGCCGUCCCCAAGGCGCAUACCAGAAAAUGUCCAAGGAAGGAUCCAUCAUUCUCGGCAUCGGUGGCGACAACAGCAACCGCGCCCAAGGCACGUUUUACGAGGGCGUCAUGACCUCGGGAUACCCUUCCGACGACACGGAGAACAAGGUGCAAGCCAACAUUGCCUCUGCCGGCUACGCUGCCACCGUGCCCCUGACCAGCGGUCCCAAGCUCAGCGCCAACUCUUCCAUUUCGCUGCGCGCCUUGACUUCCUGCUGCACCAGCAGUUACAUCAGCCACGGCGACGACGGCAACGGCAACGACACUAUCAAGAUUCAGGGCGUGUCGUGGUCGAGCAGCGACAGCCUCAAGCGCCAGUCCACCUGGAUCGUCCGCGCCGGCUUGGGCAACCAGGCCUGCUUCUCAUUCGAGUCCAAGGACACGCCCGGCAGCUUCAUCCGGCACUACAACUAUGAGCUGCGUCUGCACCGCAACGAUGGCAGCAAGCUGUUUUCCGAGGAUGCCACGUUUUGCCCGCAGUCUGGCCUGAACGGCCAGGGCAGCUCGAUUCGUUCGUGGAGCCAGCCCACGCGCUACUGGCGACAUUUCAACAGCAAGGCGUACAUCGCUAGCAACGGCGGCCCUUUUGCGCAGGAUGCCAAGUACCUGUUUAGCGAUGAUGCGAGCUAUUUUAUUGCCGGCGGAUGGGCCUAA